UAAGGGUCGUUGAUUCCCAAGUUCCAAACUUCUGGGCAAAAUCAAUUUGUGAGGAUCAUCGCUAAAAUGGAGUCUUGCCACCUUCUGAGAACUCUAAAGCCGUUCAAUCUGAAGCUACGACGGCCAUCUUCAUCAUCAUCACUUCGAUACUCAUCUCGCAUCAUCGCGACGUUCAGCACCACCUGCGAAGGAGAAAGAAGAAAGACGGUGAAGAAAGCAUACGAUGCGUUAUUGUUGGAUGCCGGUGGCACUCUCCUGCAGCUGACAAAUCCCGUCGAAGAAACCUAUGCCGCGUUUGGAAAGAAAUAUGGUUUGAGUCUGACUCCAGCUGAGGUAAAACAAGGAUUCAAAAGAGCAUUCUCUGCUCCAUGGCCUGAGAAGCUUCGCUACCAGGGAGAUGGAAGGCCAUUCUGGAAACUAGUUGUCUCUAAAGCCACAGGAUGUGAUGACAGUAAAUACUUUGAAGAAGUCUAUCAGUAUUACGCAAACGGGGAUGCUUGGCAUCUGCCAAACGGGGCCUAUGAUACAAUGUCAAUCUUGAAAAACGCUGGAGUUAAGUUAGCUGUCGUAUCCAAUUUCGACAACAGGUUGAGAAAGCUAUUGAAGGAUCUCAAUAUAAUUGAUUUGUUUGAUGCUGUUAUUAUAUCUUCUGAAGUUGGAUAUGAAAAACCCGACACACAGAUUUUUAAAGCUGCUUUAGAUCAAAUGAAUGUGGAGGCUAGAAGGGCUAUCCAUGUUGGAGAUGACUUAAAGGCAGAUAAAGAAGGUGCCAAUUCAGCUGGAAUAGACUGCUGGUUAUGGGGAACAGAUUUGAAAUCAUUCUCAUAUUUAAAAGACCAAAUCCUCCUUUCAGAGCCUUAACAUGGAUGCUUUGUACUAACCUGAUAUGGUAUUUACAUGUUUCUUUUAUCUUUUGUGCUGACUUGCGAAUCGUGUUUUCCUCAAAAGAUAUAUAAGUAGCUGGGGAAGUCCCUUCUGUGUAAUGGGAAAAGAUAUAUACUUUCUGGAAAUGUAAAUGUUAUUAUGAUAUUUCUUCA